AGGAGGCAGCAGCCCCAUCCAGAUGCCUUCUGCAUCCUGGAAGUGGAACGAAACCAAACUUUCUGUGGUAGACUUUUGGCGGAAUCUAGGAGGAGGCUGAGUUCAUCCUCGCUAGAGACCGACUGACUGCAUGACUGACAGGCCGCAACUGCUGAAAGCCCCGGCCUUUCAUUCUGCGUUUGUUCCUUGCAAGGAACAAGCACCGAGUGGAGCACCGUGGGUGCUGGCUGGGCAGUGUGGCCGGCAGAACAUGCGGAGUCACUGUUGCCAUGAAUUUGGGGAGGCCCAUUGACAUGUAAGUUCACGUCUGAAAUCGACAUCAGUGUGUCGUCGGAGGCUCUUAACUCGCUCUGAACUCUUCUGAAUCCUGAGUCCACGCACGAACGCCUACUAAGCUGAUUUCGACUCCGAAGAGAUGGCUGCAUUACUUGCCAGCAGCCUACCGUGCUCCCUAAAAGUCACUGGAAGAAAUGCCGGAGGUGAUCUGCGACCAGAGAAUGGGAAGAGAACGAGCAAUGACCAAGAGUUUUCUUCUUCGAGGUGGCUGGCUCCAACGAAAGCUUUGCAAUUUCAGAGACCAGGAAACAGGCAGUCAGUGAGAAAGUUUAAGUCGAACUCCAUUUGUGCAGCGAUUGGAAAGGAUGAGCCUGAAGAUACCGAUGGUGAAUCUUCUAGUGAUGUGGACCCUGAGCAGUUUCGAAAGCAAAUGGAGCGAAUGUUGAGCAGCCACGAUGACAGAUUUGAAGGAAAGGAUUUAGCUACUCUGAUCAGACAAAAGUAUGGGAGAUCAUACGAUGUCCAACUUGUUAAAAAGGAAUUUUUGGGACGACAAUUACUCGCCAUGAAUGUCAUGUGGAAGUACCGCGAACAGAGAUCAUUUCCACUUACAGAAGAGGAGUAUCUGUUACAUUUAGAUUAUAUUGCCCAGAACCUAAGGGGAUGGGGUGCCGUUUCAUACGUUCGAGACAGCUUGGAGAAAACCAGAGAGAGACCUCGUAUCGGAAAGGCUGUAAGCAUCUUCAUCGAGGUAGAUGAAACAGGAAACCGUCAAAAUGAGUGGAUCCAAAGAUGAGGCUUCCUCACAUUUGUCAGGGAGCCAUCAUAUUCUUGGUCUUGUAAGAUUAAGCUUCGGUGUGAGCUAACCUUGACUUUAAUCAGUCGAAAUGUCUUAAACCUCGGUAGGUGUGUUGAACGUGGAUAGUUCCAGGUUUUUGUACACUGAGGAUGUCAUUUUAAAGCCUUGUGACUUCGUUAUCUUCAUUACGGUAUAGUGUGAUCGGAACUUGGCAUUGACACACUGUAAAAUAUAGCUUCUGAUCCACCAAUCAGUACGACCUGUUUAAGUGUAGGUCUAUGGGAUAAUGCGUACCAUUCCAAUAGAGAACUGGGUGGUGUAUCUCCUGCCUUCUAUUCCCCGAGAGCAUGAUGCCCAAGGGAGUUUUCAUAAUAUCUGUCUUACGAUUGUUUUUCGUGACUGGCUUCUUACGAAUGACGGUUCUCGGGGAUGGAUGAAGGUUCGGAUUACAUAUGUUCAGAUUCUAGAAGGUGAUCCUCAGCGUUGUAGAUCUGCAACAUAUCUUGCCCUUUUCAUGGUCCGGCUAUGUUUUCAAAUUUGGAUGGAUGAU